AGCUAUAUAGUAGUGUGGCGUCCCGCGCGCCUUCAAACGAGUGUGUGAGCGCGGGCGGCACGCGCGUGUGACAGUGAACUUGUGCGGGUGAUCGCGCACCACAUACACUAUAUAUUAUGCAGUGGAUUUGUUGACGAGCCGAUCUAAUUAUGAGGCUAUCCCUGCAAGUAUGCGCGGUGCUCGCGGUGCUCGGCGGCGGCGCGGCCGAGCCCGCCAUCGCCAACUACCCCAGCCAGAACUACGCCGUGUUCGGCUCCCCCAUCCGGGCGGACCUGGACGAAGACGGCUACUUCUACCCGAAGCCCAAUGUACCCUUCCCGCCGCCGCCGAAGCCCGAUGAAGGCUAUGUUUACGAGAAGCCGAGGAUACCCUUCCCGCCGCCGCCUGCUCCGACCAGGCCUCCGCCCCCGCCCCCGACCAGGCCGCCCCCGCCGCCCCCUACGCAGCCGCCCCCGACCAGGCCGCCGCCGCCGCCGCCGACAUUCUCCACGAUCCUGCCCAACUAUCGAACAACAGGAUACGUGUACGAAACGCCGAAAGUGCCGUUCACUUUGCCUCCUCCAACUUACCUGCCGCCGUCGACGAGGCCGCCGCCUCCUCCGACGACUAGGCCUCCUCCACCGCCUACCACUAGGCCUCCUCCACCACCUACCACUAGACCGCCUCCACCCCGUACCAGCCCAGCCCCGACUUACUCGACCAUCCUAAACGUCUACCAGACUACUGGCUACACCUACCCCACUCCUCAAGUGCCGUUCACUUUCCCGACGACCACUAGGCGAACACCGCCGCCGACUUACCUGCCACCUACCACUAGGCCCAAUCCUCCCCCGACUUACUUACCUCCAACCACGAGGAGAACUACCACCACUCCACGACCAACUUUACCUCCUACAACCAGAGCUACUCCUCCUCCAACCACCCGGCCGCCUCCAACUUACUCCACUCUGCUGCCGGCGACCAGGACCACUGGCUACACGUACCCCGUGCCAAAUGUACCCUUCACUUACCCCACGACCACCACUCCUAGACCUACCCCACCUCCAACUUACCUGCCACCUACCACUAGAGCUACCCCACCUCCUACCUAUUUACCUCCUACAACUAGAAGGAUCACAACCACUCCGCGACCAACAUUACCUCCGACUACCAGAGCUACUCCUCCUCCAACCACUCGUCCUCCUCCAACUUACUCAACUCUCCUCCCAGCUACUAGAACCACUGGUUAUACUUACCCUAUUCCAAAUGUUCCGUUCACUUACCCCACAACGCAGCGUCCAAGGACAAACCCACCGACUUACCUGCCGCCGACCGCACGGCCAACGCCUCCGCCAACUUAUUUGCCUCCUACUACUAGGAGGACCACCACGACUCCUCGACCCACUUUGCCUCCGACCACCAGGGCCACUCCGCCACCUACCACUCGUCCUCCUCCAACUUACUCCACACUCCUCCCAGCCACCCGAACCACUGGCUACACUUACCCUGUGCCGAAUGUUCCUUUCACUUACCCAACUACUCAGAGGCCUACGUUGCCGCCUACUACUAGACGAACUCCCCCUCCUACCUAUUUGCCCCCCACAACCAGACCUACACCUCCGCCGACAUAUUUGCCACCUACCACUAGAAGGACAACCACCACACCAAGGCCUACACCUCCUCCCACCACUAGGGCCCCGACUUACUCAACAUUACUUCCUGCAACCCGCACUACUGGCUACACUUACCCCGUGCCAAACGUUCCGUUCACUUACCCCACUACGCCAAGGCCUACACCCCCACCCACAUAUUUACCGCCGACUACAAGGCGAACUCCUCCUCCCACUUACUUACCUCCCACAACUAGACCCACACCACCGCCAACCUAUUUGCCUCCUACAACGAGGAGAACCACCACAACGCCGAGACCCACCCUGCCUCCUACAACCAGGGCUACCCCUCCUCCAACCACCCGCCCUCCUCCAACUUACUCCACUCUCCUCCCAGCCACUAGAACCACUGGCUACACUUACCCUGUGCCAAAUGUUCCAUUCACUUACCCCACAUUGCCGCCAACUACCAGGCGCACGCCUCCACCAACUUACCUACCUCCUACAACUAGGCGCACUCCUCCUCCUACUUACCUUCCCCCUACGACGACUACCACUACUACUACCACCACUCCCAGACCAACCCCGCCGCCGACAACUAGGCCCCCACCAACUUACUCCACCUUACUACCUGCCACACGAACCACGGGCUACACUUACCCCGUCCCAAACGUUCCUUUCACUUACCCCACGACACCAAGGCCUACACCCCCGCCAACUUACCUGCCGCCUACAACCAGACCCACUCCUCCACCUACUUACCUUCCCCCGACUACUAGAAGGACUUUCCCUCCGCCGCCUCCUCCGACUAACCCCCCAGUGAAAGUGACAACGGGCUACAACUACCCCGAACCUUCAGUUCCGUUCACUUACCCCACGCAAGCUCCAGUGUACAUUCCACCUCAAACGACAAGACGACCAGUGUAUAUCCCCCCUCCAACGACCAGAGCCCCAGUAUACAUCCCGCCACCCACCACUCGGCCACCCUUUGUACCUGACCAGGGGUAUUACUACGAUAAGCCGUCGGUACCUUUCAACUUUUAAUUAUAAUUGAUUCGAAUUUCCUUAAGUUGCCAUAAGUGUGAUACCAAAUCGACCGUGCGGUGCGUAUUUCGCAAAUACGGAUUGACACGGCCGCUAAUCGAAAAGGUGUUUUAAUUUAGAUUUAGUCUGUAACAAAAUAUAUCGCAGUGUUUGUUACAUAUUUUACUGUAAUGAAUCAUGAACAGUGGUUGGCAUACGAUAUAUUUUGUUAUAAGAUGAAAAUUAGAGACAAUAUUACGUACAAGUACUUAUAGAUAAUAAUCUUGUCGAAGUUACCAAGAUUCUAGUGAUUUUUUUAUUAGAUAUAUGUAUUUUUAUUGAUAGCAUAAUGGUAAAUACUCAAAAAACGAUGUAAAUCACUGCCUUAACUAAUUCUACGUCUAAGUUUUGUAAAAAAUAUAUUUUUAGUAAAAUUA